AUGUCCUCCCCCAGGAGCGGGAGCUGGAGUGGCGCCCUAUCACAGAGUGCAGCCCCUACGCCCUGGGUGACCAUCUUGCCGCCGUUUCUUUGGACUGUCCCAUCUCCUCUGCCUCAACCCAGCCGUGUCAAGGAAGACCUGCUGGAGCUCAUGAUGCUGCAGAAUGCCCAGCUGCACCAGCUGCUGUUGAGUCAAAUGGUGGCAGGAGCCCUGAACCCGGGGCCAGAGGGACCCAGCCCACAGGUCUAUACAGACAGCCAACAAGAACAGGUGGAGGAAGAGAUGGAGGCGCAGGAGCAAGAAGAGCCUGUGGUGGUCCACCACCACUAUUUGCCGGGCCCCAUGACACUCUGGCCAGUCUCUUUCCUCCCUGUUCCCCCACAUCAGCCUCCCUGGCAGGGUGCACCCAGGAUUCAGCACCAGCCGCCUGCCUCCAGGCAAGGGGAGGUGUAA